CAGCCAGUCUCAUGUUUACGUGGAAAACAUGGCGGCCGGGUUGCGCUGACAUCGCGGAGCUAGCCGCUAGUAUUGGGACUCCCUCGCACACCCUAGGAGGUUUCACUCCAUGGAACAGGCUUUCGGACCAGAGGGUCUCGUAACAAGCAUUUAGUAGUAUUGUUGUGUCUUCUUAUGAAGCAAUUCCCCGUCCUGUUUCAGCAACCGGGACAACCGAAAUGGAAGACGAAGAGAGGCAAAAGAAGCUAGAGGCCGGCAAGGCAAAGCUGGCGGAGUACCGGCAGCGCAAGGCCCACGCCGACUCCCAGAAGAGACAGAAGAAGAAGAAGAAGAGGAGGCUGGACAAGGAAGAGGAGCCGGCCGGGGAGGACGUGCACCAGGGGAGGGACGCCCGUAAGGUCCUCCCAGGGGAGAUGGAGGAGGAGGAGGAGGAGGGGGAGGAAGGAGGGGCGGAGCAUGAAGAACAGCCGGCGCCGGGGGAGGAGCUUCCCGAAGGGGGUGGAGUCAGGGGGGAUCCUGACAUUCCCAACACGACGGAGCUGACGUUCUCUAGGACCCUGCGGCGCGGCGAGACGGUCAAGCACGACCAGACCUACACCAUCGAGCCAGAAAGCGAGGUCUCCACCACCGCCGACGACUUCUCCUCCGAGGUCAAUGGCUGCCAUGUGACGACAGUGAACCUCAUGACGUCUUCUGAGGAAUUUAUCUGGGAGGAGGUGGACGCGCUGCACCUGAUGACCAAGGAGGCCAAGAUGGACGACAUGGAGGACGAGCUGGCCGCCAAGACCCAGGCAGUGGAGGAGCUGAGCCGCGAGCUGGAGGAGAUCAGGGCCUGCUUUGGCAGCGAGGGGAUCCACCAGCUGCAGGACUUUGAGGCGGCUCUGAAGCAGAGGGACGGCAUCAUCACCCAGCUCACCUCCAACCUGCAGCAGGCCAGGGACGAGAAGGAGGACAUCAUGAGGGAGUUCCUGCAGAUGACUGAGCAGAGCCAGAAGCUGCACAUCCAGUUCCAACAGCUGCAGGCCGGGGAGACCCUGAGGAACACCACCCACAGCAGCACGGCAGCGGACCUCCUGCAGGCCCGCCAGCAGAUGGUCCAGUACCAGCAGCAGCUGGAGGACCUGGGAGCCCAGGUCCGGAGCAGGAAGGAACACCUGCUGGGGGUCUCCGACCUGGAGCACAGACUCAGCCAGAUGGAGACGGCUGGCCGAAGUUCGGAGGAGACAUUUGCACAGAAGCUGAGUGAGAAAGACUCGUUGAUAGCGGAACAGGAACACCUGAUAUCGGGCCAGGAGCAGUUAUUGGCCGACCUGAAAGCUCAGCUCGCACUUUCGUCGAGGGCUAGCGAGGAAUCGUUUGCCCACUCGCUCAGAGAGAAGGACCUACUGAUCUCGAAGCAGAAUGCAAUAAUCUCAGAGCACGAGAGGUCUCUUUCCCUGCUUCGCGAUGAGCUGACCCAGGUAGCAAGGAGCGGCUCCCCGACGGACGCCCAGAGCCAGAACGAGAAAGAUGCGCGCAUCGCAGAGCAGGCGAGGGUCGUCUCAGAGCAGGAACGCUCUCUUGCUCACCUCGAGGAGCAGCUGAAGUCCUCGGAGAAGCGCCUGAAUGAACUUUGCCUUGUGAAGGAUCAGGCGCUCGAGAGCUGCCAGGGGGAGCUGGAGAGCACCAGGGUGGAUCUGGAACGCUGCAAGAGUGGGCGGGACGAUUCCGAGGUGGAACUAGAGAACGGGGUGAGAGAGUUGGAACGCUGUAAAGAUCAACUACUGAAUUUCACGGUGGAAAUGGAGAAAGGGCAGACGGAGUUGAAAAGCUCCAAGGAUGAAUUUGCGAAUUCCAAAUUAGAAUUUGAGAAAAGAAUCAUAGAUCUGGAAAGCUACAAGAAAGAACUUGAGAAUUCCAAAUCAGAACUCCAGACGGAGUUGAAAAGCUCUCGCGACGAAUCGCAGGAUUCCAAAUCGGCGCUGGAGAAGGGGACGAGGGAGCUGGAGAGCUGCAAAGAGGAGCUCGCCGCCUCCCGACAGAAGGAGCGCACGUCGUCCGGCGAGGUCAUGCAGCUCAUGGGCACCGUGGAAGACCUCCAGAGGCGCUGCCACCAGGGCAGCCUGUCGGAGGGCGACGUGGUCCAGCGGAUGGAGGAGGAGUCCCUGCGCAAGCUGGAGCGCCUCAGGGCGGAGCUGGACGAGAUGUACGGCCAGCAGAUCGUCCAGAUGAAGCAGGAGCUCCAGCUGCAGCACGCGGCGGCGGUGGAGCGGCUCAGCCGACAACACGGGGCUGAGCUCGACGCCCUGAGGGCCCAGGAGGAACGGCGACGCCUCGACGUCGAAGAGCGUGACGCCAAGUUGGCCGACCUGCAGGAGACCCUGCAGGAGUCGCAGGCUGCGCACGGGAGAGCGCAGGACGAGCUCCACGGGCUGGCGCAGGAGAAGCUCGGCCUGCAGGCUCAGGUGGAGGAUCUUCUCCGAGACCUGCGGCAGGCUAAAGACGUGGCGGACAAGGCCUCGCACAACCUCACGCUCAGCAAGGGGAGCAGGCAGACGGAGCUGCAGCACCUGCAGCGCAUCAGCGACGGCCUCCGGUGCCAGCUGGAGGCGGCCGAGGAGGCGGCGCUGGAGGUCGAGGCCAAGCACGAGUCGGAGGUGACCAACUACAAGAUCAAGCUGGAGAUGCUGGAGCGGGAGAAGGACGCCGUGCUGGACCGCAUGGCCCAGUCGCAGGAGGCGGAGCUGGAGAGGCUCAGGACCCAGCUGCUCUUCAGCCACGAGGAGGAGCUGAUCCUGCUCAGGGAGGACCUGCGGCGGGAGAGCUUCCUCAACACGGAGAACCUUCUGAACGAGGCGUCCGUCAGGCGGGAGCGGGCCCUGGAGGAGCUGCGGGCCACGUACGAGGAGGAGCUGGGCUCUCUGGGGAAGGAGACGGCGGUGUUCGCCACGGAGCGCGCCGAGCUCCUGGAGCAGAUCCUGGCGCUGAAGGGGGACUUGAAGGCGGCGCAGAGCAGCUCCAGGGCGGAGGAGUUGGUGCAGCAGCUGCAGGAGCUCCAGGCGGAGGUGGUGGAGUUGAGGCAAGGGGCGGAGCAAAGGGGUAAAGUGGAGAGGGAGUACAAGGCACUACUGACCCAGGUCGAGACACUGGAGAACGAGGCGAGGGAGCAGGAGGACGGUUGGAGGAGCAAACUUGAAGAGAAGGAGUCUGAAAAACGGAUGUUGAACGAAUCCAACACUGUUUUGAAAAAAGAGAUUGACCUGGCGACUGAAACGGUGCAGUCUCUCACUUUAGAGAGCAAUCAGAAGGUGCAGGAAUUGGCCGAGCUCAGGGACCAGAUUGAGAAGCAGCGCACAACUUAUUCCUUCGCCGAGAGGAACUUUGAGGUGAACUUUCAAGAGCUGAAGGGGGAGUACACCUGCCUCAUUCAGGCCAAGACACAGCUGGAGGAGCGGACACUGAAGGAGACACUCGAGUUUGAGGCGAAGAUCGCCAGCCUGCAAUCUCAAGUUCGGGAGCUGAAGGAGGGGGAGGAGGAGGAGGAGAGCGGCAGACGGGUCAAGAGGGGGGGCCGCGGAGACAGAGCCACCGCGCCGAUGGAAAAAGACACUACUGAAUUAAUGGAGAAGCUCAACGCCAUCUCCAACGAGAAGGAGAGCCUGACCGCUCGGCUCUCCGACGUCACGGACAAGCUGAGCUUUUCCGAAGGCAAGCUGGAGCGACUGAAGGGGGAGCUCUUGGAGAUCCACCAGGAACACGGGAAGGUCCUCGCCCUGAACAAGAGCCUCGCCGCGGGGCUGGAGAGGGAACGGGACGCGGCGACGGACGCCAAGAAGGAGGGAGAGCCGCGGCGGCGCUACAAACCCCAGCACCGAGCGUCGGCGCCGGCUGAGCCCGACGCCUCGGCCGCCCACCAGCGACGGAUCGAAUCCCUGCAAGGGGAGGUCGAGACCCUCCGGUCCCGCCUCCAGGCGGCCGAGGCGGAGCGAGCCCCCCCGGCGCCGAACAGGCUCCUCCCGCUGCAGACCACGUCGCCCACGGCAACGUCGGGGGACGGACACCCGCCCCCACAGAAGCCCCCAGCAGCCCCGGCAGCCCCAACAGCCCCAGCCUCGGGGUUGGGGUCGAACAGGCGCAAGAGACGGCAGCGGUCGAAGCAGGAGCGCAAAGCCACCCACACCACCGCGGCCGCUCUGGCAGACGGCAGCGGCAGCAGCAGCGUCAGCAGGGAGGAGAGGCAAAGGGGGGAAGAGGAGGCGGAGAUGGAGAUGGAAGAGGAGGAGGUGGAGGAGGAGGAGCAACAGGAGCUCUCGCUGGCAGCGGCGGAGUUGGGGAGAGCUGCAGAGCCGGCGGUGGGAGCCGGGAUGCAGAGCGAGGCAGCGUCUCGCUCGACUCAGAGGCUCGGCGGCGAGGAGGACUCUGCGGACCGCUGCCAAGGAGACGCAGAGACCAGCAUCACCAAGCCGGUGGGGAGCCAGGCCGCGGUACCAGGGGAGCGGGCCGUCGGAAAGAGAGAGAGCAGCACGGCCCAACAUGCAGAGUGCAGGCUGCAGCUGGAGGCCCAGAGGGUCAGCCUGUCUCAGAUCCACGCCGCCCAGCUAGAACUGCUGGCAGAACAGACGUCCGCCCACACCAGCUCCCUGGAGACCGGGCCGGGCGGCCCCAGGGACCGGGCCGGACAGGACCUGGCCGCCCAGCGACCGGCCCUGAUGUCCCACCGGGAGGUGGAGGAGGGGGAGCGGGAGGUGGAGCGGGAGGUGGGGGAGGUGGGGCGCGAGAGGGAGGAGGCCCGGCGGCAGCGCCUCCUGCUGGAGGAGAGUCACCGCGAGGAGCUGCAGCGCCUGCACUCCCACUACACCCAGCUGGCCUCCGACGCGGAGGAGCGCCACGCCAUGCAGCUGGUGGUGCUGGAGCAGCGCCUGCACCAGCUCACCUCCACCCACAGCACCACCACCCGCCUCAGUGUCCAAUCAGUGAGCAGCUCUGAGAUACCGGAGCAACACGACGAAAUCAUACAGUUCCUCCUCUCUGAACACCAGCCCGGCACCGAGUUGGGGGCGGAGCCUGAGUCAGGGACGGAGUCAGAGUCCGUGAGGUCAUCGGGCCUGACCGCUCAGCUGCAGGCGCUGAGGAGGGCUCUCUACCACAAGUACCUCCAGGAGGUGGCCUCGCUGAAGGGGGAGCACCACUCCGAGCUGAGGAGACUCCGGGAGGAGCGAGCCGAGGAGUUGGGCAGGGGACAGAGGGAGAGAGGAGGAGGCGGAGGAGGAGGAGGAGGAGGAGGGAGGCCUGGUAGCGCACCAGGGGAAGGAGCAGGAGAAGCCGCAGCAGGGGGUCGAACCUUGCAGGAGGAGAAGAGAUACUGGGAGAGUGUGGAGGAGGAGGUGGCCAAGGUCAUAGUUCAGAUGUCGGUGGAGUUCGCCCAGCAGUCGGAGCUGGCACGCAUCAGCAAGCGGGGCCUCCAGAUCUCCUCCUCUAUGCAGACUCAACCCGAGGAGGAGUUGGAAGAGGAGGAGGAGGAGGAGGUGGAGGAGGAGGAGGAGGAGGAGGUGGAGGAGGAGAGGGACACCCAAAGGAGCGGUCCGAGGGUCCUGGACACCUCCUCCAUUCAGACCCGCCCCAAGAUUGAGAAGAAGAAGAAGAAGAAGAAGAAGGAGGUGAUGGAGGAGAGGGGGACCUCCUCCCUGAAGGAGGUGGAGGGCUGCGGGAAGCUGGAGACGGAGGUCAGGGAGCUGACCUCGGAGGUGGUUCGGCUGAAGGAACUGCUGAGGAACGCUGCGUGGGCAGUCCAGAAGACCGUCAAGAAGAAGAAGGAGAAAGAGGAGGAGGAGGAGGAUGGGGAAGAGAUGGGGAAGCCUGGAGGAGGGGACAUCGCCACACUUGAGUCCAGCGGUCUGGAAGAGGUCACCUCGGAAAGGAACCUGCUGCGGGAGCACAACUACCGGCUGCACCAGGUGCUGCAGGACGUCCUGAAGACCACGGCGGCCGCCGAGGAGACCAUGGGCCUCCACGUGGAGAGCCUGCGCCUGGCCUCGGCCGCCGACUCGCCGCCGCCGCCCAGCGACGCUGGCCUCCGGUCGGAGGCCUCCCUGGGGAGGCUCCACACAAAGCCCUUCAGCCUCUGUUCCGCAGGCAAGUCUGUCCAGGGUUUCUUGGUAGAGGAGCAGUCCUACUCCUACGAGUGGGAAAUGCUAACUAACGUGUGUGUCUAUUUUGUGUGUGUGUGUGUAAUCCCAGGUUCCGCGGCAGACAGCUUCCAGGGCAGUGAGUCGAGUGCGGAUGAGUCAUCCAUCGCCUGGUCCGGUGUGGCGGAGGCCGACGGAGGCCCAGGGGGGACUGUGGCCUCGGACGACCCGGCCCUCCUGUCCACGGGGGUCCUGAGCUUGCUGGAAGACCAAGAGUCCCUGCUGGGAGCCAGUAGCCGGCUCCAGAAGGCCCUGGAGCGAAUGCUGGUGGCCAUUGCAGAGAGCAGCGACCAGCUGGAGCACGCCCGGGUCACCCAGACGGAGCUGAUGCGCGAGUCCUUCCGCCACAACCAGGAGGUGGGGGAACUCCUUCAGCGGCAGGAGGAGCUCCAGGAGCGGCUGGCGGAGGAGGCGCGCGCCCGCGAGCAGCUGGCCCUCGAGCUGCACCGGGCCGAGGGUGUGAUUGAAGGCUACUCAGGUGAGCGGACUCUCCUGGAGGAGCAGGCCCGGCAGAAGGAGGAGCUACAGCUCAGCCUGGAGCAGGAGUUACAGGUGACGGCAAGCCGUCUCAACGAGCUGGAGCAGGAGCGGCUCCUCAUGCACCAGGAGAAGGAGCUGCUGGGCAGACAGCAGGACGCCAUGAGGGAGACGGCAGGGCCUCGCGAGCUCCGCCUAGUUGAUGCUGAAGUGGCCGCUGCACCUGAAGCAGACCUGCUGGAGGAGACGGAGAAGCUGAUGAAGGAGAAGGUGGAGGUGCAGCGGCAGGCGGAGAAGGACAGCUCGGACCUGGGCAAGCAGGUGAAGCAGCUGGAGGCGGAGCUGGAGGAGCAGGUGAACCGCUCCAUCGAGCUGGAGCAGGCGCAGCGCAACGAGAGCCGGGACCUCCGCCAGCAGAUCCAGUCCCUGGAGAAGCAGAUGGAGAACAACCGCAAGUUCCUGGCUGAGCAAGCGGUGGACCGGGAGCACGAGAGGGACGUCUUCCAGCAGGAGAUCCAGAAGCUGGAGGAGCAGCUGAGGAACCCCCAGAAGCUCCAGGGGGCCUCGGACCCCAGGGGCAAGGAGGUGGAGCGUCUGAGCAGCCAGCUCCAGGAGAAGGCUGACUGGUGCAGUGAGCUGCUGCUGGGCUCGGAGCAGCGGCAGCGCGAGCUGGACGACCGCGACCAGGAGAUCGACAAGCUGGAGGGACGCGUCCGCGAGCUGGAGCAGGCCCUGCUGGCCAGCGCCGAGUCCCUGGGGAAGGACGAAGAGAGGAAGCAGCAUGACGCUGCCUCUGAGGCCAGACACAACACUCUGGAAGCCCAGCUCCAGACGGAGAGAGAGGCUCUGGACCGCAAAGAGAAAGAGAUCUCUCACCUGGAGGAGCAGCUGGAGCAGUUCCGGGAGGAGCUGGAGAACAAGAGCGAGGAGGCGCAGCAGCUCCAGAUGCAGCUGGAGAUCCAGGAGAAGGAGCUGGGCAGCCAGCAGGAGCACCUGGAGACCAGGGAGAGCAUGCUCCAGGUAAUGGAGGAGAAGGACAGGCAAAUACUCGUUCUUAAUGAGAAACUCUCUAAGCGCCAACACACGGAGCCCGCGGCGUCCGCUACGAAGGACCUGGACCAGCGGGAGGACCUGAUCCGGGACCUGGAGUCCCAGGUGGAGUGCCUGAGGAGCGAGCAGGAGCGCCUGAAGAGAAACGGCGAGGAGGAGCUGGAGCAGCUCAACGCCGUCAUCGACAAGCUGCAGCAGGAGCUGGCCAACAUCGAGCAGAAGCUGCCCCCGCACCACGACGAGGAGGAGGAGGAGCUGGACACCCAGGCUCGGGUGCGGGGGGGCGACCUCGUCGCGGCGACCGGCGACGAACUCGGCCAGACGCAGCGGCGGCUGGACGUGGCCACGGGCGAGCUGGGCGCGCUCCGGGGCAAACACGGCGAGCUGUUUGAGACGUACCGCCGGCUGAAGGAGACGUCGGCCGCCCUGGCCCAGACGGAGGAGCAGGGCAGGGCGGAGGAGGAGGAGCGCUCGGAGGCCCGCCUGGAGGACGCCCUCCGGGAGACGGCCAGCCUGGUGGUCAUGCAGGCCCAGGUGCAGGCGCUGGAGCAGAGCGCCAGCUCCAGGGUGGACGAGCUGCGGCGCCGCGUCGAGGACCUGGAGCGCGCCGCAGAGGAGAAGGAGGCGGAGCUGGCCCGCGGGCGCCUGCUGGCCGAGACCCUCCGGGGGAAGGUCGACCACCUGGAGGACCGACUCCGGGAGACGGAGACGGAUGCGUCGGCGCUGACCGGCCAGGCCCAGCAUCGGGACUCCCUGCAGGGGGAGCCGCGAGGACAGACAGACCCCAAGCGGACUGAAGUGGAGGAGAGCCAGCCUCCAGGCCCGCGGUCAGACGCUCCUCCGACCCACGUCUUCCCGGACUUUGGUCUCCCGCAGCUGGACUCCUCCUCCUUCAGCAUGGUGGGCGGAGCCAGGGGGGCGGCGGGCGGCUCCGGGAGGGCGGGGCACCUGACGGAGAAGCUGCGGGAGCUGGAGGUGGGGCUCAGCGGCAUGCAGAAGGACCAGGAGCUGCAGAAGCAGCUGCUCUCCAGCUCCGAGGAGGAGGUGAUGGAGUACGAGAGGAGGCUGGCCGUGCUCAUGGACCUGCUGAACCAGAUGAGGAGCAAGGCUGGAGCCCACCACAAGACCUGGAAGCCCACUUCUGAGCCAUCUCCUGCAGCAGACCAACGGGAUGCGCGUGAAGCUCACCGGGAGUUACAGGAGGUCCGAGAUGAGGCCCUGGCCACCAAAGAACAGCUGGACCACUACAAACAGAGCUCUAGUCAACAUGAGGAGCAGCUAGCCGACCGCGAGCAGAGACACAGUCGACUCCAAGCAGAGUUGGACAAUUACAAGAAGAGCUCUGGUCAACUUGAAGGGCAGCUAGCUGACCACGAGCAGAGAUGCAGUAAACUCAUGGAAGAGUUGGACAAUUACAAGCAGAGCUCUGGUCAACUCAAACGGGAGCAAGGCGACCUCAAGGCGAGUUCUAGUCAACUCCAGGAGCAGUUAAAUGUCUCCAAGGAGAGCUCUAGGCAACUUGAAAAACAGCUAGCCGACUUCAAACAGACCACUAGUAAGCUCCAGGAGGAGCUGGAAAACUACAAGCAGAGCUCUACCCAACUCCAGGAGCAGGUUGACCAGUACAAACGGAGCUCUAGUGUACUCCAGGAGCAGGUUGACCAGUACAAACAGAGCUCUAGUGUACUCCAGGAGCAGGUUGACCAGUACAAACAGAGCUCUAGUGUACUCCAGGAGCAGGUUGACCAGUACAAACAGAGCUCUAGUGUACUCCAGGAGCAGGUUGACCAGUACAAACAGAGCUCUAGUGUACUCCAGGAGCAGGUUGACCAGUACAAACAGAGCUCUAGUGAACUUGAAGAACAGCUAGCUGACUACAAGCAGAGCUCUACCGAACUCCAGGAACAGGUUGACCAGUACAAACAGAGCUCUAGUCAACUUCAACAAGAACUAGACGACUCGAAGCAGAACAGUCGUAAACUUGAAGAACAGCUAGAAGUCUACAAGACGAGCUCUAGCAAACUCCAGGAGCAGCAAGACACCUCGAAGCAGAACAGCAGUCAACUCGAAGAACAGAUAGCCAACUUCAAAAAGAGCUCUAGUCAACUUCAGGAGCAGGUUGACCAGUACAAGCAGAGCUCUAGUCAACUUCAGGAGCAGGUUGACCAGUACAAGCAGAGCUCUAGUCAACUUCAGGAGCAGGUUGACCAGUACAAACAGAGCUCUAGUCAACUUCAACAAGAGCUAGAUGACUCCAAGCAGAGCUCUAGUCAGCUUCAGGAGCAGGUUGACCAGUACAAGCAGAGCUCUAGUCAGCUUCAGGAGCAGGUUGACCAGUACAAGCAGAGCUCUAGUCAACUUCAGGAGCAGGUUGACCGGUACAAGCAGAGCUCGAGUCAACUCGAAGUACAGCUAGCUGACUCAAAGCAGAGCUCUAGUCAACUCCAGCAGGAGCUGGAAUACAACAAGCAGAGCUCAAGUGAGCUACAGCAGCAGCAAGAUGACUCGAAGCAGAACAGUAGUCAACUCGAAAAACAGCUGGAAGAACUCAAGCAGAGCUCGAGUCAACUUCAGCAAGAGCUGGAUGACUCAAGGAAGAACAGUAGUCAACUCGAAAAUAAGCUAGCUGAUUACAAACAGAGCUCCAGUCAACUUCAGGAGCAGGUUGACCAGUACAAACAGAGCUCCAGUCAACUUCAGGAGCAGGUUGACCAGUACAAACAGAGCUCUAGUCAACUUCAACAAGAGCUAGAUGACUCCAAGCAGAGCUCUAGUCAGCUUCAGGAGCAGGUUGACCAGUACAAGCAGAGCUCUAGUCAACUUCAGGAGCAGGUUGACCGGUACAAGCAGAGCUCGAGUGAACUUGAAGUACAGCUAGCCGACUCCAAGCAAAACAGUAGUCAGCUCCAAAAGGAGCUGGAAAACCACAAGCAGAGCUCGAGUGAGCUACAGCAGCAGCAAGAUGACUCGAAGCAGAACAGUAGUCAACUCGAAGAACAAAUAGCUGAAUACAAGCAGAGCUCGAUUCGACUUCAGCAAGAACUAGAUGACUCGAAGCAGAACACCAGUCAACUUCAAGGACAACUAGAAGACAACAAGCAGAGUUUGAGUAAACUUCAGGAGCAGGUUGACCAGUACAAGCAGAGCUCUAGCCAACUCCAGCAAGAACUAGAUACCUCUAAGCAGAACAGUAGUCAACUUGAAAAACAGCUAGCUGACUAUAAGCAGAGCUCGAGUCAGCUUCAACAAGAACUAGACACCUCAAAGCAGAGCUGUAGUCAACUUGAAAAACAGCUAGCUGACUAUAAGCAGAGCUCGAGUCAGCUUAAACAAGAACUAGAAGCCUCUAAGCAGAACAGUAGUCAACUUGAAGAACAGCUAGAAGACCAGAAGCAGUGCUCUCGUCAACUCCAGCAAGAACUAGAAGCCUCUAAGCAGAACCGUAGUCAAUUAGAAAAACGGCUAGCUGACUAUAAGCAGAGUUCGAGUCAGCUUCAACAAGAACUAGACACCUCAAAGCAGAGCUGUAGUCAACUUGAAGAACAGCUAGAAGACCAGAAGCAGAGCUCUAGUCAACUUCAGAAGCAGCUUGAUGACAACAAGCAGAGCUCUAGUCAAAUUCAGGAAGAGUUGAAUGACUCCAAGCGGAGCUAUAGUAAACUCCAAGAGCAGCUUGAGGAGAAGACAUUGGCAAUAAGCAGGGUUGAAGAGCAAAUACAGAAGGCAUCGCCAGGAGUCGGUGAGGAGGCGGUUCAGCAGGGGUUGGACCUUCAGCUUCAGGAGGUGCAGAAGGAGGUGGUGGUGGUCAAGGAGGAGCUGGACUCCUGCAAGCAGAGCUCUGAUAGGCUACAGGAGCUGCUCCAGGAGAGGGAAAUGACUAUCGCUCACCUUAAAGGAGAACUCUACCGGGCCACCGCGAGCGCAGAAGGAGAAGGCGAGGAAGGAGGAUCCAGCGUCCCGGGGCUCCUCCAGCAGCUCCAGGAGGUCCAGACCCAGGCGGCCGCCACCAAAGAAGAGGUCGCCAGCUGCCGGCAGCGAGCGGACCAGCUCCAGGACGAGCUCGGGUCCCGCGACCUCGCCAUCGCCCAGCUCAAAGACGAGCUCCGGGAGCUGCAGGCGGCCUCGGCAGCGGCCAGCCUGUCCCCGGAGCCCCCCUCUCCCUCCCCGACGUCCCCUUCGCCCUCCCCUCAGCCGCCGCCGUCGUCCUCGUCCUCCUCCACCACCGCCGCGGCCGCCGCCGGCAGCCAGCCCAAGAGGAAAGCGGGCAAGUCGUUGUCCGGUAAGGGAAGCGGCAGCGCCAAAGACAAGGCGUCCUUAUCCCGGAAGAACUCUGCAGCGGCCGCACAGCAGGCCUCGGAGAAGACCCAGAGCCCAGGGGGCCCCGGGGCCGAACGCCGGCCCCAGCAGGAGCAGCGCCGGCAGGUGUCCGUCGCCGACUCCUCCACGCAGACCCACCAAGACCUCCAGACGACCGCCACCAAGCCCACAGGGGUGGGCGCGGGGACCCUGAGUCCAUCUGCUGCGGCCCAGAAGAAGGAGGAGGAGGAGGAAGUGGUGGUGGCGGAGGUGAUCGGGGAGUUCCAGGAGAAGAUCGUCCAGAUGCAGGAGCUCCACGCCGCCGAGAUCCUGGACAUGGAGGCGCGGCACAUCGCCGAGAGCGAGGGCCUGCGCCUGGACACCCUGGCCCUGGAGAACGAGUGCAAGGCCCUGAAGGCCGUCGUCGACAAGCUGCGCUCCGGGGAGGCCUCGUCAGCCCGAACAGACCGGCCUGCGUCGCUGCAGUUCAGGGACGGAUACACCAGCGACAGCAGCUCAGACUACAGCCAGCGGACGGGCUACGACCCCCCCAGCCUGCAGCAGGAGUUCAGGACCACCCCGGAGGGUGCCAGGCGGGACGGGGAAGACCCACUCCCUGACAAGAUCAAGACCCUGCUGAGAGAGGUGCACCAGGAGGGCAUGCAGGUCCUGUCCCUGUCAGAGUUCCCCCUGACGGAGGACCAGGCCGGGGGAUCAGGAGGUCCAGGGUGGGGCCAGACCCCCAGCCCAGGCUGGCCCAGGGAGAGGCAGGCCCUGCUGGACACCGUGCAGUCCCUGAAGACCCUGGUCACCCAGAUGCAGACAAGCAGGGGGACACAGACCCCCGGAGGAGCGGACUGGCGUGGGGAGCUGCUGGGCGCAGUGCAGCAGGUGCUGAUGGGGGAGCGUGGCGUGCUGAAGAGCGCCCUCUACAGCCAGCUGGACCAGCUGGACAGCAGCGACGCCAUCGUCCACCUCAACCAGCUGGAGCAGAGGCUGGCCCAGCAGGAGGUCCACCACAGAGAGGCCAUGGGUUCUCUCCAAACCGCUGACCGCUCCAGUCUCCUCUCUGAGGUCCAGCAGCUCAGAGCCACCAUGGAGCAGCUCCACCCAGGCGUCCAGCCGGCCUCGUCCCCGGGGCCAGAGGCUGAGGGCGGGGCCCAGAGAGGGAGUGUGGGCCCUGGGUCCGGAGCCCCCGGCGACAGGGUCCUGCUGGAGGAGCUGAAGGGGGAGCUGUCCCAGACCAAGCUGGAGCUGGAGACCACGCUGAAGGCCCAGCACAAGCACCUGAAGGAGCUGGACGCACUCAGGAAGGAGGUGUCUGAGCGGGCGGCGGAGCUGGAGGCGCUGACGGACCAGCUGUCUGAGGAGUGCAGGAGGACCAGGGAGCUGCAGUGGGUCCUGGAGAAGGAGAGGAACCGCACCGGCAGGAGUGAGGAGAGCCAGCAGGAGGAGCUGGAGGACCUGCGGGUGUCGGCGGAGGAGCAGCGGAGCCGGGCGGCCCAGCUGGCCUCCUCCCUGGAGGAGGAGCGCCGCGCCUCCUCCCAGCGGAGCCUCCAGGCCCAGCAGGCCCAGCUGGCCCUGCAGAGCCGGCUCCAGGAGCUCCAGGUGAGGCUGGACACCCAGCAGGCCACGGCCCGCGAGAUGAGCAGCGCCCUGGGCAGGGAGCGGCAGCUGAGGACGGGGGCCGGCGGGGCGGAGCAGGAGCAGCAGGAGGAGGAGGAGGAGGAGGGGGAGGGAGGAGAGAGGAGCGUGCUCAAGAGGCUGCAGCGGGACCUGGAUGAGAAGCACGCACAGGUGGUGCGCCUCCUCGGGGAGCUGGAGGCCCAGCGGCUGGAGGCGGUGCGGCAGCAGGAGGAGGUGCAGCGGGGCGGGCAGCGCGCCCAGAGGGACCAGGAGGCCCUGGAGGAGGCCCGCGGCCAGCUGGCGCUGCUGGAGCAGCGGGCGGGGGACGCCCAGCAGCAGCUGGAGAGAGAGGCCCAGAGGAGGAGGGCCCUGGAGCAGGAGAAGGAGGCGCUGGAGGAGAGGCUGGCGGAGGUGGGCCAGCGGCUGGCGGGCGGAGCAGGCGGAGCAGCGACGCGCUCGCACGAGCCACAAGACCCUGCCCGCGACACACCCGCCGAGCGCACCACAGACCGGCUGCACCACCCGGAGACCUCCACCACCACCACCACCUCCACCACCCAUGGGCACGCAGGCCCCGGCCCCUACUCUGACGGCACCGGGGGGGUCCAGCCUGGACCACCGGGAGCAUGGCGCUCCGGCGACCACAUCCUGGGCAAGCUGAGCCUCACCGCCUCCAAGAUCCGCGCCAUGGCCGGCAGGAACACCGACAGUCUGACCACGGAGGUGGAGAAGGAGGAGCUGUCCUGGAUCCAGACCAACCUGGACGAGGUCAUCAGUAUGUUACAGCAGUCCCCCGGUCUUCCCGCGCUCUCAGAGCACCAGAGUCUGGCUCCGAUGGCAGGAAGUUCCCUGGGCAGCAGCUCGUCCAACUUCCUGUCGGAGCGCCUUCUGCGUCAGAACGCCGAGCUGACGGGCUUCGUGAGCCGGCUGACGGAGGAGAAGAGCGACCUGAGGAACCAGACGCUGCGUCUGGAGGACGAGCUGCGGAGGCACCGCCACGCCGGAGCCCUGUCGGCAGACACGACUGGGACCAGGGGCGCCCCCACCAGGAGCGACUGGGCGGUGUCCAGCGCGCUGCUGUCCCAGGAGCGGGAGGCGUGGUCGCGGGAGCGCUCCCGUCUGGAGAAGGCCCUGCAGCAGGCCCAGGCCCAGACGGGACGGCUGAGGGGGGAGGUCCGCAGCGAGGCCCUCAGCGACGUCACGGGGCCCGACCUGGACAACGCCGCCCUCAAGAGGAUAUAUGGGAAGUACCUGCGGUCGGAGAGCUUCCGCAAGGCGCUGGUCUACCAGAAGAAGUACCUGCUGCUGCUGCUGGGGGGCUUCCAGGAGUGUGAGGAGGCCACCCUGGCCCUCAUCACCAGGAUGGGGGGCCGUCCCGCCAUCUGCGGCCCGGACUCGGUCGCACUGCGCCGCCGCCGCGGCCUCACGCGCUUCCGCUCGGCCGUGCGCGUCUCCAUCGCCCUCUCCAGGAUGCGCUUCCUGGUGCGGCGAUGGCACAAGGCCACCGGCGUCAGAAGCCCGAGCCCCAGCUCCGGUGCGGGCAAGACACACGCCAUAGGGAUGGAGGUGAAGGCCUUCCUCCACCCGGGGAGCGUGGAGGUGUACCGGGAGAGAGGAGGAGAACGAGGAGGUGGUGGAGGAGGGAGCACCAGCAGUCGGGGACGCAGCGGACGGGAUUCCCCCAGAUCCGCCGUCUCCAACACCACCCACAGGUACCAUGUAGGCGGGGACGGUGGCUCUCUGACGUGCUCCCACCUCCUGAACUACGACCCCGACCGCGCCCUCACCGACUACAUCUCCCGGCUGGAGGCCCUGCAGAGGAGGCUGGGCAGCGUCACCUCAGGUUCAUCUUCCUACGCCCCAUUGCACUUUGGUCUGAGGAGAUGAGGAGGCUGAGGCGUUGCCGUGGAAACUGGCUUGAAGAAUUCUCUGUGGCCUUCCUCUCGUGCGGAGCAGCGUGCGCUAUUUUAUUUUCACGGACGCUACAUUCCAUAUGGACCAAAACUCUUGUCGUGUUUUGGUGUCGGUGUGCUUAUCUGGCUAUUUAUUUAUUUUUUAUUUUUACUUUGUGUGCGUGCGUUUGAUUUGUCUCCAGCACACGAUGGUAAAAACAGCUUUUGUUUAUCAUUUUUCAAUCUGCCUCUCUUUAGUUUUGAAUGGAACUUAAAUCGUGUAUAUUGGUCUUAUUGCUAAUUUAAAACUCUCGAUUAAUUUAUGAAAUUGUAUGUUGUCGUUGUUGUUGUUUCUCUGUUCGGACGACUUUGAAGAUGACUGUGGAGAGAGUUUGAGGGGUAGGAGGAGGCUGCUACUGGAUAUUAAUACACUACACUGUGUUUUGUUAAGGCCGCUUUAACGGACGGACUGCAGACGACAUUUGUAGAGAGUGUAUUUUUGUAAAGGGUAGGUGCUUUUGAAUUUCCUGGGUAUUUUGUCAAGAACUGAAAUAAAGAUGAUAUUUGAAAUAA